AGAAAGAACUUGUUCCUCUUGGGCGAAACCCCGGAGCCGCCAGAAGGGGUCGAAGAGCUGACGAGGGGGGAAGCGGCGGGAAAUCGUUUCACCGUCAAGCGGAGAGCCCUCCCAUCCCAAUCCAAUGGCGGCGACGGCGGAGCUCGUCUGAUCCGAAUCGCGCUCAAGGGUUUGGUAUUUCAGCUGCUUCGGCAUUGGGUGCUCACUGUGGUCACUGAAGAAACCAAAUCAAUGAAGCAAAUAAAUGAGAAAUGCAUCAUAAACCACCUCCCAGGGGACCUCGUUGAGCGGGUGUUUUUCGGACUUCCAGUGAGCACUCUGUUGACGUGCGUCGGAGUCUGCAAGCACUGGCACAACAUCAUCCGGGAUCCACAGUUUGUUGCAUUGCACCUCCAGUGUGCGCCAAGUUAUGCCCUUCUGUUCUUCCCGUCAGGUUUGGUUUCAGGCAAGCACUACCCUAGUGAUGCUGUCCUAAUUGAUGAAGCCUGGUCGCCAUCGACAUAUAUAGUGCCAGUGAUUGGGCCUGGUGAUUUUCUUUUUGGUUCAUGCAAUGGCCUUCUUGGCUUAUACACAAAGACAUCAACGAUCAAGAUAGCUAACCUUGCAACUGGUGAAUGUCUACAUCUUGGGAAACCUGUGAAGAAUCUGAAAGGUGAUAAUUUCUGUUUCUAUAGCUUUGGAUUUCAUCCCGUGACAAAAGAAUACAAGAUUACACACUUCCUUGGUGAUUGCAUUAAUGGUCGCCCCCAUAAUAAAGACAGGUUCAACAUCAUUCAAGUUUACACGCUUGGUGAUGAGAAAUGGAAAGAUAUCCGAACUCCAGAAGCUCUUAGCUUGAUCAGUGUGAGAAACUCUGGAGUUGUCAAUGUUGAUGGAAAAAUGUAUUGGUUAACUGAAGACAUGUCAGCUAGCUGGCAGCAUGCAGUUAUGUCCUUUGAUAUCAGGGAAGAAAGUUUUGCAAUGAUACAACUGCCAGCAGCACGCGAAGAUCAUGAUUACUAUGGUUCUCGUAAGUUCUUGAUCAGAGAUAUAGAUGGGAAAAUAUGUAUAGUGACUGCUCAAACUAGUCGUUAUGAUGCCAGAACUCUUGUCGGUGAGCUGCAGAUCUGGGCACUUGACAACAUGGUAGAGCAAAGGUGGAGCCAGAAGUACAACAUUAAGUACCCACCAGAUUAUAUUCUGGGUCCACGUUUUGUUCACAGGGAUAGGAUCCUCACACAACGCGGCCGCAAUAACGUAUGUUCGUACGAGUUGCUUGGUGAGAACUUCGAGAUUGAUUCAAGUAAGAUGGUGAAGCUGUUAGAUUUCAGUCCCUGCAGGCACAACUUGCAAUCUCACAACUGUGUGAAGUCACUUGUACGUUUAGAUGUAUACAAGAAUGCUAAAAUUGUGUGUAGGCCAAAACAGUGGGAAGGCUGGGAAUUGAACAAGUGGGAGGCGUGGGAGCGUGGGCUCUCUGAGAAUGAAAAAUUGUGCAGUGUCAUUCACCAAGUUGAGCUUAAUGGAAUUGCAUGUGCACAACAAAAUGGCAUAUGGUUCAAUGAGAUACUGCAACAUAUAUUGGAUGAUGCGAUUCGACGGGAAAUAGGCAUGAAAAUUAAUCAAAUAUUUCCAAACUUUCCAGACCAGCAGACAAGACCCCUCCGGCAUCUUAAUUGUGUGGCACAGAAGCUGGAUCAGGACAAUUUAAUUGCUCGUAUUAAUAAUAGUAAGACUAUUAUAAAGGCUAUGAUGCAGACAACAAAUAGUAUCUUUGACAUGAUUGAUAGUGCUGUAGAUGACCAGAUUGGUGCUUCAAGUUCAAAUGCUGGCAUUUCUUCUCAGAAUCACAGCGAGGGCGAUGACACGAAGACUUGAUACUUGAGAGCUUAUCGUCAUUCUUCUCAGCCUACUAAGGCUGUUAUUCAACUCUUGCUUCUUUUUACCGUUGAGGGACUUGUUAGCUCUUUCGCCUGUAGAGCAGUUAUUUCUGCAGUACCACCGUUAUGUUUUCUCCAUUUCAAUUUAUUGCACUUGGACCUGAUUAAAAAUAUUGGUCUGUUUGAGACACUGAAGAAUUUGCGUACUGAAAGACCUUUGAUCAGAAGAUCCAAACCAGGUUCCUGA